AUGGUUUCUUCACUUCUUAUGUCGUUUGCUCCGGCCACCGUGAGGGUUUACGCCACGACCGCAAAGGGAGCUUCAGGCGGCGCAAAAGAGGAGAAGAAUCCUCUCGACUUUGUGCUUGGCUAUUUGACAAAGCAAGAUCAGUUCUACGAGACUGAUCCAAUUCUCAAGAAGGUGGAGGAGAAAGAAGGCACCAGAAGCGGCGGCACCACCGGAGGCAGAGGGACCGUUCGCGGCGGCGGCGGUAAAAACUCUGCUCCGGUGCCUGUACCGCCCAAGAAGAACGACGGUGGAUUUGGCGGCUUAGGUGGCCUCUUCAAAAAAUGA